AUGGCACAGUGGACAAUGUAUCUUGCAUUCGACGUUAUGGGGCUGGUUGGUUUUUCUGUGGACUUUCGCCAAGUAGAAGAAGGCACUGAACAAGCCGCUAUCAAAGAACUCCAUCAGCAGAUGCUUUUUCUUGGAAUUUUGAAGCCCGCACCCUGGAUUCUGACUAUUCUUGGUGUAAUCCAAGGCUUGGUGGGUGACUACGGCCAGUUUAUGACUUACUGUGCGGAUAAAAUUGCCGAAAAGAAGCAGAAAUGGACCUCGAAUAGUAACCAAGUCCCGGAGGAUGUUAUCUCGUGGUUGAUGAAAGCUAUUGAGGAGAACGACCCGAGUGCCCCACCAGGCGAUCAGGCACUUAAUGAAGAUGGCCGUCUCAUGAUGAUUGCCGGAAGUGACACCACGGGAACAACCCUAGCCCACGCGCUAUAUUUUCUCACCAAGACCCCCUCUGCAUGCAAGAAUCUCCAACAAGAACUCGACAAGGUCUUUGGAAGCUCUGCUGAGCCCUCUCAUUUCACUAAUGACAAGCUUCAAAAACUUCCUUACCUCGAAGCAGUCAUAAACGAAACUCUUCGUCUCAAGCCCGCUGUGCCCAGCGGCCAGCCUAGACUAACCCCGCCCGAGGGUCUACAGAUCGAUGAGGUCUGGAUCCCAGGUGAAACGAUCGUCGUUAUACCGCAAUAUGUCAUCCAACGUGACGAACGUUACUUUCCGUCUGGCUCCGAGUUUAUUCCUGAGCGGUGGCUCGGGAACAAGGUCGAUUUGAUCAAACACGAGGAAGCGUUCUUCCCAUUCCAACUAGGUGGAUAUAUCUAUACGCUUUGUUAUCCAAAUUGUAUUCAUUUGCUAACGAGGGCUUCAGGCCGGUAUGGUUGUGUCGGAAAGCAGCUCGCGCUUAUGGAACUUCGAGCCGUGAUCGCCCGGCUGGUGUAUGAUUUUGAUCUCUCAUUUGCACCUGGAGAGGAUGGGGUGGCAUUUGAUGGUGAAUCUAAGGAUACAUUUACUUUCACUAUAGGACCUUUAUAUCUGGUAUUCACAGAGCGAAGGCUCCAAUAG